GGAGCUGAGUGCGGGUGGUGGGCUGGCGCCAUGCCGCACACACAGCGGGCUACACCGGGCACAUAGUGCAGGGAGGCGGGGGCUCCCGGCCGGCCUUCACUCUACAACGCGUUAUUUAUUUAUUUAACGCCAAGUGCCUUCCUGCUCGCUUUAUUAUUAUUAUUAUUAUUAUUAUUAUUAUUUAUUUACCUUGGCCCGCCCGCCCGCACUCUGUCCAAAGAUGCCGCGGGGAUUCCUGGUGAAGAGGAGCCGCAGAUCCACGCCCGUCUCUUACCGUAUCCGCUGCCACGAUGCUGCCGAGCCCCCGGUGCAGCUUCCGCCAGCGGAGCCAUCUCUGCCCGCGGGAGGAGCGGCCCCGGAGCCGGGCGGAGGAGGGCAGGUGUUCGGCCGGCAGGAGCUGGGCUGUCCCGGGCCACCGCUGUCCAGCCCAGCUCGGCCCGUCAGCUGCGAGCGGUUGUACGGCCAGCGGACGGUGAGCCUGGGCUCCCCGGUGACGGCGGAGUCAUUCCCGGGCCCGGCGGUCGCCGCAUUCAGUGCCCUGGACCGCAUGUUGCUGCUGGCCGCUCCGGGCGGCGCCGAGCUGGGCGGCGGCGGCUCUUCCUCGCCGUCUCCCCGGGCAGGAGGCGCCGCCAAGGGGGGCGAGCGCAGGAACAAGCCGCCGGCUGCAGCGGGAGCAGCGGCUCGCCGGGCUAAAGCGGCGAGGAAGCUGGCGUUUGAGGACGAGGUGACCACGUCGCCGGUGCUGGGGCUGCGGAUCAAAGAGGCGCUACCGGAGAGCGAGGGGAAGACGGGCCGAGCGGGCAUGGGCUCGGCACAUGGACUGGGUCCGGGCCGCCCGCUAGGCGAGUUCAUCUGCCAACUGUGCAAGGAGGAAUACGCCGACCCCUUCGCCCUAGCUCAGCACAAGUGUUCCCGCAUCGUGCGUGUCGACUACCGCUGUCCCGAGUGUGACAAGGUGUUCAGCUGCCCGGCUAACCUGGCGUCUCACCGGCGCUGGCACAAGCCCCGACCCCCGCACCAGCCCAAAGCAGACGGCAGCGGGGAGCCCAAAGUGGGUCCGGGGCAAGGAACGGGAACGAGAACGGUAACCGAGCGGGACAGCCCCGACCCCGGCACGGCGCUGCCCGACUGCGCCUCGGAGGACGGCGGGCACUGCGAGUGCUGCCGCUGCGGCAAGAGGUUCAAGCGGCAAGCUUACCUGAGGAAGCACUUGCUGGCUCACCGCGCCGAGCCCCCCGCCGACAAGCUGCCGCCCGGCCCCGAGUGCCACUUGUGCGGGGAGAGUUUGGCCGGCAAAGGUGGGCAGGAACGCCACCUCCGACUGCACGCCGCUGAGGUUUUCCCCUGCAAAUACUGCGCGGCCACUUUCUACAGCUCGCCCGGUCUCACCAGGCACAUCAACAAAUGUCAUCCUUCCGAGAACAGGCAAGUCAUCCUGCUCCAAGUACCAGUGCGACCCGCCUGCUAGGGAGGACAAGGAGAGGGCCGACAAAACCCCGUGCCUUUAUUAUUAUUGUUGUUAUUAUCAUCAUCAUCAUCAAACCACCGCUGAAGCGGCACCGCACUGAAAUGAACAGAUUCUAUCGUUUCUCCGCCUCCUGCGACAUGCCUGGUGAACCAGACACUCUCCUCCGACCGCGCCUUCGGGUCCAAAACAACAAACAGCUUUAAUGUAGCUUUGUGACUUGCUGGACAUUUGAGAGCGUCAAUUGUCUGAACAAAGUCGGUAUUAGAACAUUCCUCUAGAUUAGCCACAAAUGCCUUGGAUUGCGGACUCGGAUAUUUCAGUAAGACGAUGUAAAUGCCUUAAUUUUUCGAAGCUUUCCACGUCUUUCCCCCCCCCUCAUUCGUAAACGAUGAGUUUUGUUGCAUAUAAUUUUACUGUUUGAAUAUAUGUAUUGAUUGCUAAAUGAAUACAUUUUAUAAUUUAUUCGGUUUAUUUAUUUAUGAAAAGAAACCUAUCGUGAUAUUGUAUACUUUGGUUAUCUAUUUUGAUGUUGCGUGUUAGUUUCAGUAGGUUACAUGUUCCAUUUUGAGUAUGUUUCAGACCCACUUUCGUUUUCUAAACUCGAAUGUAGUAUGUUUUCGUUCUUAUACGAUCUUGAAUGUAGUUUGAUUAAUCGAUUCUGCACCCUCACAGCUGACUACUGGUAAAUUUAAAUGCAAUCCCUUUUUGUACACAACUUAUUUUCUUAACUGUUAGCUUUUAUAGAGUGGUUCGAAAUGUACGUUCUCAACUGUGUUUGUUACUGAAUAUUUAAAUAUAUUAAAUACGUAUAAUUAUU